AUGUUAAGAAAAGAAAAGGAAAUUUUAAAUAUCACUGGGAAAUCUUUACAACGUCGUUCACAGAAUUCCAUGGACAUAAAUACUUUCAUUUGGCAGGAGUAUGAAUUUGGAACGAAUGCCGGGAAUCGAGACGAAGUCGUAAUAACGAAUAUCUCGAUCGAAGAGGAUUUAAGAUUACCACGAAGCGAAUGUCAUUGGAUCUUAUUUGAAAGCAAUGGAAACAAUUAUUUAGCCUGUUCGAGUGAAAGAACGUUAUUUUUGUAUACCCUCGAUAUAAAGGGUAAACUAACGACAUCAAAUUUUGCCGAAUUUAAUAUAGACGGACGGGUGUUAACUUUUACAUUGAUCGAUGUAGAAAGUACGACAAAAUUACGCGAACGAAAUGAUAUCAUUGCUGUUGUGUGCGUUGAAAAAAAUGCCACGACGAGUUUGCAAUGGUAUCGAAUUUAUAAUCAAGAAUUUGAAUUAUUUCGUACCUGGAAUAUAGAACGGCCAGCUAAAGAUAUACAAUUUGUUAGAUAUCGAAAUAAAAACAAAUUAUUGUUGCUAUUUAACAGAGAUGAUUACGAGAUUACGCGUAUUAUCUCGGUAAUUGAUAUUUAUAGUUUCAGUAUCGAUUUCGUCAAAAAGGACUAUCACUUUUGGUUGACUCAAGAGAUACAAGCUUCCUCGAUACGCGAUAUGCAAUUAUGUAAAGUAUACGAGCACACGGUGCUAGCACUUCUUGGCAAAAAUGAAGUUUUCCUUUACGAACAGAAAGAGAACGAUGACGAUUAUGGAACGUUCGAAUUAUGGCAAACGAUUAAAUCUAACAAUUUAAAUAAUUUCAUUUGCUUCGAGAGCGGUCACGCUCAAUACUUGGCUACUUCUGGAAAAGAAUCCGCGUUGUUUUAUUUUGCGGAUAAUGCAUUCCAAUACAAUUCCAAGACGGAAAAUAUUUUUAACGCUUUUUCAGAGAUUGCUUGGGUCGAAGAAAUUCCUGUCGAAACGUACAGAGACGAGUCAUUGUUGUUAAUACAAUUGCUCGAUUCUACGAUCUAUGCUUUAACUUGGCAAGGUGAUCAUCGAUUCAAAGUAACAUCCUUGCCCAACGUUUUACUUAAUAAUUUCGAUCUCUCUAAUGUGACCAGUAUUCCAAGAUACGGAUUCGUAUCUGGAAAUGUAUUUGCCAAAAUCGAUACGAAACUUAAUCAACUUUCCAGCCCUAUCGAAGAUAAAAUUAUCAGAAUGAUGGAGGCAAAAGCGUUAUUACAAGAACAAAUCAUCAACGAGAUCGAUGAAAGAUUUGAUCUGAUAGAUCAUAUAAAUUAUACCCAAAUCAAAUCAUUGAACGCGUCUAAGAUAAUAACAACGAAUUUAAGCAUGGAAAACGACGUAUCUUAUACGAUCAAUUUGGAUUCGAAAAAUUUAACACGCGAGGACAUAAUAACCAAUAUGACUUUAAUCAACAAAUCUUUACGAGAUUUAACAGAACGAUGUAACACUUUGAAAUUGGAUUUACAAUAUGGAUCCGAUGAAGAUUCGAUGCUCGUAGUCGAUGAUCUAAAUAUUUCCGGAGAUCUAAGACUUCGUGGAAAUCUUUACGUCGAAGAAUUUUCAACGAAUUCCUUGAAUGAUCUACCGAUGUUACAAAUAUUACAACAGUAUCUAACCAAUGAUUCCCGUGAUGCCGUCGUAAAUGGGGAAAAAUCAUUCUCUGAUAUCGAAGCAACGAAUGCGGUGAUUCGAAAGAUCAAUGGUAUACCGUUCGAACAAAUUAUGUUCGAAGAAUCGAAAGUUCAUUAUUCGAAUAUGAAUAUGUCUAAUAAGAUCUACGACCUAACGAUAGAUGGACACUUGACUUUUUCUAAGAUAAAUAAUAUCAAGUGGGAAAAUAUUGUCUGGAAAAAUAAAUUGGCUUUUAUACCGGAUAAAACUACGAUCAAUGGAAAAAUUGAAGGUAACUACGUCAAUGCGAGAAUCGUGAACGAUUUAAGUUAUCCUUACGAUUACGUGUUAGAGGAAGGCUCCAUUCCUGUCCACGUUACCGGGAUAAAGAACUUUGAUCGAUUGACCGUCCAAACUUUAUCCCAAGUCUCGAGCAUAAACGAUAUUGCCAUAGACGAGUUCGUUACCCUCGACAACGAUCACAUUUUCAAUCGAAAUAUCACCUUCCGCAACAUAACUGUUCUUGGAUCAUUCACGAUCGAUGCUAACAUUAGUGGAUUUAAUGUAUCUCAACUAAAGCAGGAAGCAUUGAUCAACGAAACUCAAAGCUUAACUUCUAACGUUAUUUUGUACAAUUUGACCGUGUUGGGUAAUGUUUACUUGGAGGAUUCAAUAAAUGCCAACGAUUGGUCAGACUUUGAGGAUCUUUUAUCGAUAAACGAUUCUAGAGUCGAGAUCCUUGGAAAAAAGGAUUUUAGGGGCAACGUUGCGAUCGAUGGAUCAUCCAUCUAUAUCACUUCUAAUAAGAUCAACGGACAUGCUAUCGAAGAAUUUCUUACUUUGGACACCGAUCAAACAUUCACGAGUUUGAAAGAAAUAUCAGAUAACGUAACUUUCGGGGAAAUCUCUAACGAAUUUGCAAACAAUCUAAGGAAAAUUCUCGAAGAAGAGACGAAGGAAAAUUCGCAUUGUACGAAUAAAAGCGUCAUUUUGGAAAAUACUUUGAUCGUCGACGAUCUAUCGUUCGAUAUUUUAAACGACAAUAUCACGAGCGAUACGUUCAAGCAACAACUUAAUCUAACUUUUCGAAAUGUCUCCUUCAACGAUUUAACGGUUAAUAAAUUAAACGUGCAAGAGAUCACUCCAAUAUUCGUCAAUAAUGUUAAUUUGAGUGAUUUCAUUGAAUUUGCCGUAACUAGAUCGACGAUGCAAAAUGUAAGUGUUAAUUGUUCGUUCGAACGAUUGCAAGUAGAAAAUCUGGAAAUCGAACGUUUCAAUGGAAUGUCGAUUAAAGGAUGGAACGAUUUGAUAGAUCAGUUGCAUCGAUCUUAUCGGGACAUUUUCGAUCCUAACAUUGCUACGCUAGAAUCUAUCAUCGUCAAAGGAAUGAUCGAUGCGUCCUCGAUAAAUGGAAUAUCAUUGGAUAAAAUGUACGAUCCGUCAACUAUGGGAACGGUGAUCUACGAAAAUGGUCUCUACGUAGAAAACCUGACUGUAUUAGGUUUCAUAAACAAUUUCAAUAUCAGCGAACUCGUGAAAAAUGCUGUCCUCAAAAUAGACGAUGAAAUCGUGAUAAACGAUGUGAAAGAAUUUGAAAAUAUUCAUUGCAAAUUACUACAAAUGAAAUCAUUCAAUGGGCACGAUGUUAACAAUAUUCUAGAUCCAUACAAGGAUCAAGACUUAACUGGUCCUGUCGUGAUAAAUGGCACUGCAAACGUUGUUGGAAGUUUCGAUGCAAGAGGAAAGAUCCAAAAUAAAUUAUACUUUCGCGAUUUAAUAAAUAGAUUUAGAAAAUUAAACGACGAAACCUGCGAGUUAAACGUAAAUGUCAGAUUUGUCAGUGCGAUAGAAAUAAUUGAUCUUAAAAUGAAUGGUACGAUCGAUGGAAUAGAUUUCAACGAAUUAGUUGAUUCUAUAGUGUUGAAAAAUGAAGAUAACGUAACUUUGUCGGGAGGUAAACGUUUGAAAGGAUCGUUGAUGUUAAACGAAUCGUUUGUAAUCAUCGACGAAGCUAUCAACGAUAUCAAUUUAAAAAGAUUUUAUGAAAAAGCCAUUUUCAUCGACGAACCUUUGACAAUGAAUUCUAGCGUCGUUUUUCUUCAGGAUAUCGUCCUGAAGAAAAAUCUGGAUGUCGUUGAAAAUUUGGACGUUAACUGGAUCGGUGGAGUCGAUAUCGACAACUUGAAAGAUGUCGUUGUUUAUCUGAAUCUGCCUUAUUUUUUCCCCGCUCCAACGACGUUCACGAGUAUUAACUUCAUUGGCGACGCGAGCAUAAAACAUUGGAAUAACAUAGAUAUGAGCUCGGUAAUAGUAUUACCUGCUGAUCAGAUAAUAUCGAACGAAUUUAUUCGAGCUUUUAAUAUCACCGUAGAAGAUAUCGACAUCCGAAGAAAUAUAAACGAACGCAACUUGAACGAAAUUUAUACGGACACUUUGAUGAAAAUCGGUAAUCAAAAUGUUACUGGAAAUCUAACGUUUCUUGGCAAAGUUCUCAUGCGUCACGAUUUUAAUCCUCGUCUCAUGAAUCACGUGAAUCCGAAACAAAUUGUACUCGUAAAUACCAACGACACUAUCAUUGGAAAUGUCGAGUUUGAAAAAGAAGUAGUUUUAAACGGAUCUCUAAGAGUUUUAGAUCGUUUCAAUGAAAUAGAUUUAAUUGGUUGGCAAGCAACUGCAGUAACUACGAAUCAUCUAUCGGACCAAUUAAUCUCUGGAAAAUGGAAAAUACGUGGAAAGGUUUAUUUAAAAGGCAGCAUCUUUACGAACGGUGGACUCUUAAAUGGAUUCAACUCGACCGAAUUAGCCGAUUUGUUGGAACAAAAUCAAAUGGCAAUGGAAACAUCUUUAACUGAAUCGACGACAAACUUGUCUAAUCUAUGCAGAAACGUAGUAAACCUGCAGUACCAUGCAAAAUCUCAAAUCUACAAAUUCAACGCUUUCGAGUAUUUGCAAGAAACGAUUGAAUUAAAACACCAUUUACUAAGCGUUCAUUAUUUCGAAAUACAAAAUCUCGAUUUACUUUUAAUAAGUUACGAGUCUUGCCACUUGGAUGCUUAUCAAUAUAAUGGAAAAAUAUUCAAAUUAAUAGCGAGCAUUCCUAAUUUUGGAUACGUCCAAAAUUGGAUAACAUUGAAUCACAACGAUUCGUUGUAUUUUCUCGUUACGGGAAAACAAAAGUGUGCAAGAAAUUCGACAAAUUUAUGGAAACUCGAUAAUAAUGAAUUCGUUCACGUAUAUCAAUUUGAAGAUGUCCAAGACGUGAAAAAAUUCAACAACGAUACAUUUUUAUUAUUGUUCGCUGAUCGUUUGGAAAGUCGAACUAUCCAACAAAUAUAUAAUAACGAAUCGUUCCGAUCGAAUCCGAAUUAUUACGUUACUAACGUCGAAGAUCACCCUUUGAAAUUUGUUUCCAAUACAGAUAGAAUAUUACUGAACAAUCGAUAUUCGAUCUACGAGCUCGAUAAAUCUCUUACAAGUUAUACAUUUUCAAACAAUCGCUUGAGAUCGAGCGAGAUUUUGUCUAUGAAAGUAGGAAUCUUUGAAAAAGAAUACUUUCUGCAUUACAAUCCAAAUUUCACCAGGGAUAACAUAUUCAUCAGCGAUAACGAUUUGAACGAAACUAAAGUUCUACAAAUAAUACCAACGAACAACCCAUCCUCAUUUUCGAUCAUUCAUUUUGAAGGAUCGCUCGAAAUGUUACUCAUUUUUAUUGAAAAUAAUAAAAGUCUGAAAGUUUAUGAAUAUAAAGGCAUCCAAGGUUUUGUUCAUCGAGAUACUAUUAAAAUUCAAGCUGAAAAGAUUUCGAUAUUGAAAAUACUUAAGUAUAAUAACAUGGCGAGGAGACAUUGUUUAGCAGUCAUCGAUAAAAAUCGAUUAACAAUAUUAGAAGCUAAAAUGCAUGGAGAAAGAUUAGAUAUGCAUAAAUUGCCAUGUAUUUUACCUUAAAUAUCGAUGCGAUCGCGGUUUAUAUAUUUUAUAUAUUUAUUCUUAAUCAAUAAUUAAUAUUAUGUUUAAUAGAAAACUAUA